AGGCCUUUAAGGCUGCCUUAAGCCACAGGGAGCUCACCUUCAGCGGUUUGACUUAGUGGAAAUUGUUUCCGAGCUUUGUGGUCUAGUUGAUUAAGGUAUGUGUCUAGUGUUGUAGGCUGCUCUCUUAUUGGCUAGUAAGACCAACCAUUAUUUAUUCACUGUGCAAUGCGUGGUUCUUGCAUUUUCCUCAAGUCGUAGUAUCCGCUAUGUGGUCUACAAAAUCUGCUUUAUGUUUGGUAUGAAAAAAGUCCUAUGUGUGGUGGACUAGGCAAUUGUAUCUAAGACUAUUUCAAUAUUACAAGAAGGACGACAGCAAUUGAGAAAUUAUUUUGUAAACAAGGUGCUUGCUACACUGGACGGCGCUAUGGAGACUCCUUCGCCCUGGAAAAAUGCAGACAGACACUUUCACGAGAAAGGGCAUGACAAAACGUAUUUGAUAUUUCGCUUUUGUUAAUUCUCCAUCGAUUUUUUUAUUGAUAUUAUUGUUUUGAAAACGAUUUCUUUAAAGGAAGUGGAUCUUCAUUAAUGCAACAUUAACAACAGCAGGUAUAAGGUUAAAACCGGAAAAACAUUAAGCUUUGAACUGCUUGUUUUCGUUAUCAAGAUGGACGGAGCGAUUGCAUGGAUUUAUUUUGCAAAUCAUAACUUUUUGAGAUCCUAGGGCGGUUAAUAAAUGCUAGUAGUUUUAAUACCACGCCAAGGAAAAUGGUGAGGGAUCAAAGAGCGGGCGAGCGUGAUCUUUUGAUGAACGAUUCUCGACGAUUUAGCGAUGAUUCGCUCGCCAGAGACAACUUUCCCCGUCUACCGAACUAUGAUGAAAUCUCCGCUACCUACCCGGCUCACGGCCCCGGGCAAUUAUCCCAAGGAAAUCACGGAUCGGAAGAGACGCCUGGAAACUCUAGGUUUGGAUUGAUACGUGGGUACCAUCGACAAAUGUACGACCAGCCGCAGCACUCAUCCCAACACUGCUGUGACUGCACUAGUCAACCCAAGCCGGCUUCUUCAUCCAGUCCAAACUGGGCGAUAAUCUGCGGCAUUUUACUGUUGAUUCUAGGCGUGCUGUCUCUGUUGAUGGGGUUUUUGCUUCCUCCAAGUCCUGAAACCCUUCCCCAGCCAAGGAGUGAGCAGCCUUGGCUGGCUUCCUUCGUGGAUAUUUUUAUCAUUUCUGGUUUAUCUGUGCUUUGUGUUGGGGGACUAACCGUUUCGUGCGGGUUGUUGUUGCCGUUAUUGCGGCGAACUAGGGAACCCCAUGAAGAGAGUUUCAAGUUUCACGGUAGCGAGAUUUACGUGAAACAGGAGGAACCAUUUACAAAAUCGGGUAACCCCAUAGGGGCCGUCAACUUCGGGUUUCACAGGGAUGUUAUCCCCUCGGAUAUAUCUCUUAGAAAAGUGCAACCUGAACUCGGGAACGGGCAGCCUGUGGAUUUAAUGAGCCAACGGUGAACGAGUAGUCUGCGUAGCAAGCGUUUGUGUAAGGUUUCAACGGAAAUAAAGAAAAAAAAAAUUGCGCCCCAUUUUUCGCGAAACGCUUGCUACGCAGGCUAGUGGCUUGUCAACAACUCGAAUAAGUCGGACAUUAGGUAGUCGCAAGGUUUUACCUAAGAUGGAGCAUUUUCCUGCUCUGAUCUAAAUACUUGGCCACAGCCAGCAAACCACACGUGUAACAGAGCUGUAGCAGGCAUUGAUAUAUUGGGUGCACUUUGCAGAAGCGUUGAAUUAAGGGCACUGCCACGCUCCUAACUGUCAUUUCCUUAUAAUAUUUAAAAAUGGGGUGAGGGGGGCGUGCCCAUAGAAUGCCCCCUGCCAUCCCGGCUUUGUUAUUGUAUCAUGUGGUAGACUUUCGUAAACCCAAGAGAUAAGACACGAAAAGUGUAUUUUCUCUUGUAGAAGCCCUUGAGAACCCUCUUGUCAGCUUCUGAAUUCUUAUUUUCUGACCAAUAUUAAUUUUCAAGCAAUGAUCCAAGUUAAUUCUCAUAGGGUGCUGUCUCGCAAACGGAUUUAACAUUUGAUCUGGUUGAAGUAUGUGUCGUCUAGGUCGACGCCUGUGUAGUCGUGUGUGUCAUUUCGACAGUGGAUAAGAGCCAAUACCGAUAGCCCUUUUGCUCUGCACGGUUUGUUAUACACGAGGAGGCAUCGCAGUGCACUCGCGCUUUCCUGACAUUCGAAGCUUGUAGAAUUUACAAUGCAACAUAUCUUUAGCGUGGAGAUAUUGGAGAACAUAUCACUAUCACACUCCUUCAGAGCUUGCACUGUUGUGCUUGGUCUAUCAUUGCUCUUUUUUUAAGAGCUGUCACAAUGUUCCCCCACAUUUCCAUUUAGAUGACAUGCAUGCUUAUUCUCGUCUUUGCUCUUGACAUUGGACUCUGCCUCGUCCCGCAAGGCAAUGCACUGGCGGCCCCAAUACGGCACUGCUUAUAAGCAACAAAUGCUUGUUUCGCUCUAUGUUACGCCUCUCCUCGCCACCAAGGAGGAGUUUAAAGUUUUAUGAUCAAAAUAUGAUCACCCACCAUGCCAUUGCAGUAUUUCCACGGGACGUUUACUAUUGGAUUUUGUUACAAAAUAGUCAUGUUUAACUUCUGGAGUUCAAGUUGAAUUAUAGAUUUAUAACAUACCAGAGCUAAAAUGCCUUUUUUUCUUAUCUAAUUUUCUUAUGCUUUAUAGUUUUUUCUACAAAUAGCACGUCUAUUGCGAACCGAGAGUGGACUUUCGGCCGUUGUGUGUGUGUGUGUGUUAGUUCGAGGGUGCCUCGGCACCUUUGUGUUGUACAGUUUGCUUGACAGCGGCGUCCGGGUCCCUGCAGCUAAUCUAUAAAGCUCAAGCUGCCAUACGGCAAUUUAGCGGUCGUCUGGAUAUAAAUCUUUUUUUUUUUUCAAUCAAAAGCUGAUAACGUUAGCUUCUUGUCCAAAUGCCAAAAUUGAUUUAUCUUUUCCCCUCAUUUCAUCCUAUUUUUCGUUCCGUCAUAUUUCUGCUUUAUCUCUGAUAAAUAUUAUCUUAUCCUGUUCAUAAACACCUUACUUAAGGCCGUAUAAUGACUUAACCCUUAACAGAAAAUUUUAUUUGCUUUUGGGGUAGAAGUCUAGAUUGUUAGCAUUUAGAUUAAUUAUUUAUGCAAAUGUAUCGAGACUUUGAAAAAUGCGUAUAAAGAAGUUCUUGUAU